AAGCUUAAUAUUAAGUUAUUUUAUAUUGUUUAUUUAUAAGUAGGUAUAUAGUAUACUUUACUGUUUCUCGCUGUCGCUAUUUCUUUACCUGUUUCUAUUUACUUCCGAGCACUGACUUUAUUUCUACAGCUAUACCUACUUUCCGUUCUUCCUAUUUCUAUUUACUUAACUGCAAACUCUCUCUAACUCUCCACUUACUGUUCUUCCAUUUCCGCUAUUUCUCGUAUCUUAGUUUUAGGCCUAAUAUAAGGACAGUACAUGUGUAAUAAACUCCACUUUUGGAAUUGUAAUCGGACGAGUGCGGUGUUCCUUUUUUAAUUACGCGGCGUUACAGGCAUUAUUCAUUUUAGUUCGCGCUUCUACCCUUAUAAAGUUUUUUUAAAACAAUUUAAAUAUCUUCACAAAAUAGUGAAGAAUUUUCAAUGAGUCUAGUCUACACAAAGUACAAAUUAUCCCACUGGAAUUGUAUAUGAUUUUGUUUUUAAAUCAAAUUUUAAAUUAAAAACAAACUCAAUUAAUACAAACCAUUUUUUCCUAGGGAGGUAUGUACAUAUUCCAAAUAUUGGACUCGUAUGCAGUAAGUGGAUUCUGUUUACUAUGGCUCAUAUUUUUCGAAUGUAUAUCCAUAUCGUGGUGUUACGGAGUUGAUCGUUUUUACGAAGGUAUCAAAGAUAUGAUCGGUUACUAUCCCAUCGUGUGGUGGAAGUUUUGUUGGUGUGUUACAACUCCUCUUAUCUGUUUGGGAGUGUUCUUUUUUAACAUCAUACAAUGGAAACCAAUUAAAUAUUUGGAUUACAAUUAUCCAUGGUGGGCACACGCGUUCGGUUGGUUCACGGCGUUGUCGUCGAUGCUUUACAUACCAGCCUACAUGUUUUGGUUGCGGAAGCGAACACCUGGCGAUGCAGGCGAGAAAAUCCGUGCGAUUGUGCGAAUAGACGAAGAUGUUACACACCUCAGAGAAAAAAUGCAGCAGGAAGCAGCUAAAAAAGUUGAGCUCUAUACACUGUAGCAAAAAUAAAUCAGAAUAGAAAAUUAUACUUCAUACACUAGCAUUAUCAUAAACUAAAGUAAUAAUUUCACUCAUUCAUGCACAAACCCUCUAUGUAAUUAUUGUAACUACAUACAUACAUAUCUGCUUCACUUUAGCAAAGAUUUACGUAGGUGUUAGGUACAGUAUAUAUGUAUAUGAUCCAAAUAUUUGAUUCACAUAGUACUCGAUUUUUGCUUAUUAAGGGUUUUCUAUAUAAAAUUACAACAAACUCUUCUUAUUAAUGUAAGGCUUUUUUUUAUUAAAUAUUCUCUGUAGAUUUAAAUUAAAUACAAAUAUACGGGCAUAUGGGGUAAGGCAUCAAGUGUACUUGUGUAGAAUAUUUAUUAUUCAUUGCAAAGGAACCAUGAUGAAAUUUUGUUUUAUCAAUUACAUAACAUAAAAAGUUCAAACAAGACGUUUCUAGAUCUUUGUGAAGCGAUUUGUCAUGAAAGUAAACACCUAAAAGGCAGAGAACUUUUUGGGAGCAGUAACUUCAACUGAUUGUCGUCAAAUUUAUAUACCCUAAAAAUUUAAAAAAGAACCUUAAAAAAACUUAUAACAAGUUACCAAGUAAAUUUGUAUAUUCUUAUGAUUUCUAGGAAUUUGAGUUCGACAUUAAAUUUCGCGUAAUGAUCAGCAAUUACCGCAACACUAAAUAUGUUACCAUAUAAAAAUGUUAUAUAAAUCUUUUUAUGCGUGACUUAGCAAUUUUUUCUUCAGGAACGGAUAAAAAUCGAAUUUUUUCAUGAAUGAAAAAGUGGGCAUGUUCUAAAAUUCCCAAAACACUUUUAUAUGAUUACAUAUAUAUAUACAGGCAUAUUUGCCUUUCUUGUUAUGCAAAAAAACAAA